AUGGCGUCAGUAAAAACGACCGUUAGGACGCUUGGCGUGCUCACUUUUCACUACUGCUGCUACUACUACUACUACUACUACUACUACUACUACUACUACUACUACUACUACUACUACUACUACUACUACUACUACUACUACUACUACUACUACUACUACUACUACCACUACUACUACUACUACUACUACUACUACUACCACUACUACUACUACUACUACUACUACUACUUCUACUACCACUACUACUACUUCUACUACCACUACUACUACCACUAUUACUACUACGCGGUAGAAGACUACAUGCGGAACCACUGA